AUGCAUCCUUCACGCUCCCCGCGAAGCCAGCUCGGCGAUCUCACUCAAGCUUCCUUGGUGCACGCGCUGGAGAAACCUGACGACGACGAUUUCCGUCUCGUUCUGCCGCCCUCGCCGGCAGCGCUCAGACGGACACAGGAGGAAGCGUCGUCAGAUGAAGAAGAAGACACCGCCGAGAAGGCCCAGGAGGAAGGCGACGGGAAAAGGCAGGAUAGGCGAACGAGCAUGCGAGAGCGACUGAGUUUCUUCAGAGGCGCUUCGCUCAGACGACGACAGACGACGGACGCCCACGGAGACUCAGCCGCCUCCGGUUUUUCCUCGUCGUCGCUGAAGGAAGAACGCGCCGAUGCGCAGGGGAAGGGCGUCGAGGGCGAGGCGAGGCGAGACGCAGAGAUCGCGAAGAAACCGAGCAGGAGUCUUCUUCUCGGGUUUGGAUCGAAAGGCGGAAGAGGCGAGAAGAGUCGUUCGGGGUCAAGGGCGCUCGACGGCCCCCCGCCCGGGGAAGAUCCGAUCGCAAGAGAAGACCGACAACCCGAGACCGGCACCGCGUCGGUGACUGUCCAUCAGGAAGAACCAACCGUGGUUGCGGCGUCUGUGGACUCAGGGGAGAGACAGUCGAAUCCAGACGAAAGAGAUGAGACGCAGGUGAGUCCGGAAGGUCGCGGCAAUCCCUUUAGUGCAUCUUCAGAUCUUGACGAGCCUGAGAGAGGCGAGUGUGCGUCUUCUCGGGAAGGCCAGGCGAGAGCCAAUGUGCACGCGAAGAAAGGUGAGCAGACACCCGGAGGCGUCAAAUCCGUCCUAAAGCGCCCGGAGACGAGCGAAUCGAAGCUGGGGCUCGGCGCGCCUUACCGUCGCUCCAUUUCCUUUAAGCAUCUCUCUGGCUCCUCUUCGGGAGACGAGGAAGACCGCAGUAUCGGCGGGGAUUCUGAGGACCGGAAAGGGGAGCGCGACGGACAACGCCGAGAGGCGGACGCUCCGCUUCUCCACAGAAGGUCGACCGUGCGGUGGAGUGAGUUGGUGGAGGAAAAGGGAAACGGGGGAGACGAAGAAGAAGGGUCGGGAGGAAGCGCUGAGCACGAAGCGUCCGGCCCGCGAGGUCUCCGAGACAGGAGAAAGUCUUCGUUAUUCGUAGGCAAAGCAACCGACUGGGAAGAGCGAGAGGAUGACUCUUUCUCUCGAGCGACACGCGAAAGCGUGGCGGGGGAAGAGGGGAACUCGCGGGGCCUCGGGACAGCCGACGACGCCCCCCAACAGAGACUCGCCGGUGACCCUCACCAAGUGUACAGACACCCAACCGGGAGGGAAGACGGGGCGCCAGAGACCAUCCCGUCUUCUCCCUCUUACCUGUUUACGCACGCGUCCUCCCUUCACCAGCUACUGCAACUGCCUCCUGCAAAAUACUUCAACCUCACGGCCGAGAUUCAGAGACAAAGAAGCAUCUUUCCGCGGCGAUGGGUUGACGAGACGCUGCUGAUCCAUCAGAGUCUUCUUCUCUUCUGCGCCUCUCUGCGACCUCUCUGCGUGCGGAUCAUGGUACCGCUCUCAAACGUUCAAGCCGUCGCGCUCUUAGAUGUGAAUCUUCGCGAGAGAGACCGGAGGAAAGCGACGAAACGCGGAUGGCGCCUCAAGCUCCUCCACACGGAGACUUCGCAGAGGGGAAAGGGAAAAGUUCAGGAGAUCGUUUGCCGCUUCAAACAAGAAAACGACAUGCACACUUGGGCGGAGAGACUCACGCUCCUCGCACAAAAAUGGAGACAGCGUCCAGCCGUCCCGGACCUUUUAUAUCGGCCGCCGUGCCAAACCCAGUUGGAUGAAGUGUCUCGCGACAUCCACAAGGCGGCCUCGACUUUGCUGGUCCAGCGCAUCUUCUUCGCCUGUUGCGCGGCAGCCCGCUCCCAGUACCGCCUCUUCUUCUUCAGUGCGCGCCUGUACUGUCUCCAGAAACUUCGCCGCGAGAGCGAACUGAGGAUUCAGCGAACUGCCUCGGCUGCGUGCCGAGCCGCUGCCCAGCGCGAAGGCGCCUGUCGUCUCCAGCUCGUGCUGGAAAAGAAGCUCCGGCUCCACUUUUGGGAUUUGUGUCAACAGAGCGAGCGCAUUCACCUCCACACGGUGCAAAAGAAACGCCUCGCAGUCGCCGUGGCGCUGCUCGAAAAAGAAGAGGAAGCCGUCGCGCGGCACAUCACACACUGGCGCAAACGGUCCCUGGUUCUGAUUCUCUCCGCCGCCCUCGCUCGCCGCCUCUCGUGGGCAGUCACCCAGCUCGGCGUGGCGACGAAACUCGCGGCUGCUCGGGCGAAGCAGAAGUCUGCCGGCGCGCUGUACUUGGAAGAAGUUCUGAGGAGGUACGAGCAGAGGCGCCUGCGCGGCGCGUUUGCCGUCCUGCGCCGCGAGACCCGGCGAAGAGGCGAGCAGGGGAAGAAGCUGAAGCUGGUCGUGGACACCCUGAGGAAGCAACGUCUCGCCGUCGCCUGGCAACGCCUCGUGCAGUUCUACAUUGCGAGCGCCAAGACGCAGGCGAGGAAAGUGGAACAGGCAAAGGGAAUGGCCUUGGAGCUGUCUCUCCUUGCGGUCGAAAAGAAACGCGUCGCCUCGGCCUUCUUCAAGUUGAAAGAACACGCCCACGCCAGCCGAGAGGACGAACGCGAAGCAGUGUGCAGAAACAUGGAAAAGGUGAACGAGACACUUCGCACGGCUGCCUUGCGCGUUCCACGGCAGCGAGGGUUUCUCGUGCUCUCUGCCGUGGUGCGAAAAGUUCAGCGCUCGCUUCUUCUUUCUUCCUUUUCCCUCUGGACGGGCACGCUGCGGCGAGAGAGUCGGAAGAAGACAGCGCUCGUCAGGGUGGCCCGAGUGAUCGAGCAGAAAGAAAGAAGAAUGAAGGAAGUCGGGCUUUCUUCGCUCUUUCGCUGGGGUCACUUCGCAAACGAACAGCUUUGCCGAAAGAGGGCCGGCGCGUCUCUCCUCGCCGCGAGUCUCUCGUCGAUUUCACGGCGAAUCCUCGGCAGUGCAUGGGGGAAACUCACGAUUCACGGCGAAGAUCGGCCAUUCGAACGCGAGUUGAAAGGUGUUUUCGUUCUGGAAAAAAUCAGACGGCGACGACUUCAGUUUUUCUUCACACAGUUGCAGCGCGAGGCAGCUUGCGGCCGAGAUUUACGGGUUUUCCUCAAGAGCCAUGUUCUUCACGCAUUCGUCCACCUCCUGGCGCUCCGUCGCGUCAAGAUUUUGUCUACCAGCUUUCAGAGACUGCGCAGUUUCUCUUCUCGCGCAUCUUCUCAAACUCGCGCUUCCUCUCGCACGUGUCUCGCGCAAAGACCGUCUCCGCCGCCCCUCGAUCCCCUUCACCUCCCUCAGGCAGCGAGGAGCCUUCCAGUCUCUCCUCGCCGUGAAUCCUUUGAUCGUUCCAAGACGGGGGCUCGCGAGAUCCUCGCCUCUCGCUCUCUCAUCGAGGGCCGACAGAUCGCAGAAGAAAGUCGUGAAACACGGCUAGCAGAAGGAGUCGCCGUCUCUCCUUCUUCUCCCUACCUCCUUCCAACGAAACGUCUCAUUCCCCUCCCGGCUUGUGACCCGCCUCAACGUAGUCCGUUUCCUUCCUCGUCUUUUUCCGCUUCGACCGCGCCUCCGUUUUCGUCGUCGCUCGUUUUUGGGCACACAGACGCGUUUCUGCCCUCGCCGGAGACAGAGGCGACGAUGGACCGAAUUCACGAUUUGCUUCGCCUCUCUGGAGAUUUGUUGGAGCAGCAGGAAAAACUCUUUUCUUCUCACAGCGAGGCAGAGUCGCCUCCCGUGGUCCCGCGUGUCGCGCCCGUUCCUGGACUUGCGACUCCGAGCCUGUCGAGAGUCUCCGGGGGGACGGAAACGGAGAGUCGGAGUCGAGAGGAAACCGUUUCGAUGGAUGCUCCGAAGAAGGCAGAAAAGCGGCGAGAGAGUGGGAAGAAGCCGGGGGGGAACGCGAGGGCGACGGAGGAGACUCCCAAAAAGAAAGAGAAAAAGACAGUGACACGGAGGUCCUCCGCCUCCGCAAAGGCACUCGGACUCGCCGAGUCCGGAGGCGAAGCGUCUCGUGCAAAGGGAUGCCUGUUUCGCACAUCCGCUUCGAUGGAUUCCGUCUUUUUGGACUCCGGGAACCAGGCGGCGGGUCGCAGUGCGGUUCCCAUCGUGCCGCCGGUGGGGAUUCUCGUGUCUUCGGCGUCUACGGAACAACUUCCCGGUCUUCUCUCGCCUCGCAGCCUUCGUCUCCCCUCUCCGUUCAAUUUAGACGACGCGCCGCUCUUCGCCUGCUCGCCUUCUCCGAUUCAGGAAGACGGCUCUUCCUCGUGGGGAUUCGCGCCAUGCCGUGCUCCAUUGCCUCUAGGGGUUGACGACGCAGGCACACGGACCUCGGGUCCAACCGCGGCGUCGCCUCGUCUCGCCGUUUCCCUGUCUGGUCCUGUCUCCUUUCACAGGACAGGCGACUUUCCCAGCGGAGCCCUCGGCAACAGACGUCUUCUCGCGCCUCCGUCCGGGAUCCUCGUCUUUGAAGAAACGCGAGAAACAAGUCGCGAGGCACCCGUCUUUGGCUUUACGCAAAACCCGAAGAACUUCCGCGAUCAAGACAGAGAAAUCGACGCGCUCAUUGACCACCUGCAAAGAAAGCUCGGGUUUCCAACAGAAACAAGCCAGCACUCUUGGAUCGUCGACUCGGCAGACAGCAACCCGCAGUCCUUCGUUUCUCCUUCCAGUCCUUUUUUCAAUCCUUCUGUCAGUCUUCCUUUCUGUCCUGCGAGCGCCUCUCCGUCCUUGUACCCGCAUAGCGGUCCCGUCGAGCAGGGAGCGCUUCGGGUGUCUCCGGCGGUCUCGGCUGUACGUACACUCGAACGUCCGAGGAGCGCGGACACGGAGAGAAAGAAGGGUCUUUUCAGCGUCUUGAACUCUCUGUCGCCGUGCGCCUCCCCGCUGUCUCGUUGCUGCGGAUUCGUGAGUGGCGAAUCCCCUGAAAAGAAACCGAUGGAGCGGCCGCAAGCCAGAGACAGCCCAGCGGACGCGGCUGCGUUGCCGAGGAAGAUAACUUCUUCAGCGUCUCGAGUUCGUUUCGUCGACACAACGGGCGCGACGCUUGAACAACGCCAGGGCGAUGGCACGUGCUCCUCCUCCGCGUCUUUCCCCUUUUGUACCGACUUUUCGUCGCCGUGCUCUUCUCUCAAGAGCUUCUCUGGGUUUUCACCAGAGACGCAAAACCUCGACACUCUUCCCGCAGGCGCGUGGGUGCCUGUGCAUGCGGCCAGCCUCGGCUACGCCGCGCCGCGAGUGCAUGCAACCGCCUCGCAGAAAAGUGGGAAGAAAAAAGUGUCUUCGCUCGCCAAAAGGCCUGCCGUAGACGCUCCCGCGCACGCAGUGGACGCGUCGCCGGGUGUUUUGUCUCCUGGAGGCGUUCGGGGCUUCAGAUUUGCACGAGGAACGUGA